AUCGUCAGGAUUCAAAUAAAAAAAAAUAAAAUAUGAAAUUUCGCAUCAACUAACUCGCUUUCGUCAAACCUCAAAUUUCAGAACACAACAUUAUUGUCGAGGUCAUUGUGAGUUAGCCAGCAAACCCUGGGAAUCGACGGCCGACGGCUCCUUCGUCUCCUCCGACCCAAACUCACAUCACCACCCGCCCUUUUCUUACCGUCUUUUUCCUCCCCGACGUAAUUGGCUGGAAGCUUGGACCUUUCUGUUGGCGGGCGACGAAUCUAUUCCCUCCCUCUCCGCUAAUCGGCAAUUUAAACAUCUCUUCCCUUCCUGGACCCACCCAGCAGCUGUUUUUUUUUUUUUUCUUUUUCUGUGACCUCAAUUCCCUCGUCAACGAUAACAAUAACAACAACAUUAAUUAAGGGUAAAUUGCAAGGUUGGUCACUGAGAUUACUAAAAAGGAUCAUGUUUAGUCACUAAAAAUAUUUAAUUCCGUUCGUAGUCACUAAAAUUAGUAAAACAAUCCAAGUUUGGUCACUCUCCGUUAACUUCCGUUAGUCUCUGUUAACGACGUCAACUUCCUCCUUUAAUUUGGCGGCUACCUUCGACCGCGAUCCUGACCAUUUGCACGAGGUGGGGUCCGUCUGUGGGUGAGCAGCUCAACUUCAGAUGGAGAUGGAUGUCUGGUGAUAGUAGGGUGGGCUCCAAUCGGCGAUGACGGCAAAGAAAGCGGCACGGGAGAGUUCGGAAGUCAUGGAAACGGAAGCUCGGGCAGGGGAACCGCGGAGGUGCAGCGGGGAGUCGAAUCGACGAGAUAGGGGGAGGAGGAACGAAGCGUCAUCAGAGACUGGAUUGGCCAUUAUUGGGGCGAACCCAAAGCGGUGCCAUCGGAACCCAUGACCAAAUUUGAUCCUGGUUUUGGAAGUUGGAUCACAAAUUGUCAAGAGGCGGACUGCAGAAAUGUUGCAAAUGCCGAUUGUGGCUAAGAAUACAUCUUCCCAAACCCAUCUAGGAUAUGAUGCUAUGAAACUAGCACUGCGAAUUUUGAAGUACCCAGACAGUGAAAUUUCAGAUAAACCCUUGAAUCAAAGAGAACAAAGGAAGAAGAAGGCGGAUGGUCUGAUAAGGCUGCUCCGUAUAUAGCGAGCGAGCGAGAGAGAGAGGCGGAGGAGGAGGCGAGAGAGGGCAGGCGAUUCCGUCCGGAUCCAAUUUCGAAGGAGAGCAAGACAAACGAAGAAUGAGUUUUAGAUCUGGAAAUGAAAAUGGGAUAUUUGUUUGAGUGUGUCGGUUCAUGGGUAGAUAUUUCAGUCCAUUUUAAGGGUUGGUUGGGAUAGACAAGAUGAUGUGGCAGGUCUUAGUGAUGUGGCGGGUCAGGUUACAUUAUUUUUGGGUUAUAUUAGGCUGAUUAGGCAUUUUCGUUUGCCACAUCAGCACAUAACGGUCUUCGUUAACGGAGGCUAACGGAGAGUGACCAAACUUGAACUGUUUUACUAAUUUUAGUGACUACGAACAGAAUUAAAUAUUUCUAGUGACUAAACAUGACCCUUUUUAGUAAUCUCAGUGACCAACCUUGCAAUUAACCCUAUUAAUUAAUAAUAUGUAAUUAAGGUUUGAUCGUAGAAUUAGACCAAUCAUUGAUGCUGACUGGACGCAUCCUGCCUGCCACGUGUACCGAAAAAACCCUCCCUCCCCCUUCUCUUAUCCCCGACCUAUAUAUUAAGUGGCCAGACACGACCGCACAGUAUCCCACGCAAAAAACGAAAAGACAUAACUGCAAAAACAACAGCAAGUUUGUUUCGUUAAAAGAGAAUUCGAUGGCUAAGUCAACGAGCGGCGGCGCAGCGGCGGCGGCGGUGGUUUUGAUGAUGGUGGUUACGUUGAGCGGUUGCGGGUUGAGUGAAGCGGCACCGGCUGACGCACUCGUGACGUACUUGCCCGGUUUCAACGGGAGUUUCCCGUCGAAGCACUACUCGGGUUACGUGGGAAUAGAGAAGGAGAAGCAUCUGUUCUACUACUUCAUCGCGUCGGAGAGGAAUCCGGCGGAGGAUCCCGUCGUUUUGUGGCUCAACGGCGGGCCCGGGUGCUCCAGCUUCGACGGUUUCGUUUACGAACACGGGCCAUUCAACUUUGAGGAAGGACCCAAGGGAAGCCUUCCAAAGAUGCAUCUCAAUCCAUACAGCUGGUCCAAGGUGUCCAACAUCAUCUAUCUGGACUCUCCUUGCGGGGUCGGCUUCUCGUACUCUCCCAACGACUCGAACUACGUAACUAAUGACCACAAGACUGCUCUAGAUACCCACAGUUUCCUUCUCAAGUGGUUUGAGUUGUAUCCAGAGUUCUCGCGCAACCCAUUUUACAUCUCCGGAGAAUCUUAUGCCGGGGUUUACGUUCCAACUCUGGCAGUUGAAGUGGUCAAAGGGAUAAAAACAGGGGACAAGCCAGCCAUCAACUUCAAGGGUUACCUUAUUGGGAAUGGAGUGGUUAACAAUGGAGGUGGACUUAGUGCUUUUGUCCAUUUUGUGCAUGGGAUGGCCCUCAUCUCCAACCACAUGUUUGAGGAAGCAGCUGGUGCCUGUAAUGCCAAUUUCAGCGGUAACAGUCAGAAAUGCUACGACAGUAUUGACAAAAUGGACGCGGCUGUGAAUGAUCUGAAUAUUUACGACAUACUGGAGCCAUGCUACCACGACCCAGAAGGGCAGCAGCAGAGGCAGACCCAGCUGCCGCCCAGCUUCCAGGAAUUGGGCCGGACCGAGAAGUCCCUCCCGGUCAGGAAGCGGAUGUUCGGUCGGGCCUGGCCUCUUUGGGCCCAGCACUUCGAUAAUUUCCAGCCCAACGCUACUAACAACAAGCAGUUCUUGUGGCCCCAACUAGCACGCAAAGCUGGCGGGGUUAUGUGUGUCAAUGAUGUGGUGGCAACUGCAUGGCUGAAUGACGAAUCAGUGAGGAAAGCCCUCCAUGCUGCCCCGGUGUCGACAGCGGGCGCUUGGGAGUUGUGCUCGGACCGGAUCGACUACGGGUUCGGUUCGGGUAAUAUGAUUCCGAUCCACAGAAACCUAACCACCCAGGGUUACCGAGCCCUCAUCUACAGCGGCGACCACGAUAUGUGUGUGCCGUACACCGGAACGGAGGCCUGGACGAGCUCAAUGGGCUACAAGAUCACCGACGAGUGGAGGCCGUGGAUCUCCGGCGACGACCACCAAGUUGCCGGGUAUCUGCAAGGGUAUGAGCACAACCUCACUUUUCUCACAAUUAAGGGGGCGGGGCAUACGGUUCCGGAGUACAAGCCGCAGGAGUCUUUGGAUUUCUACACUCGAUUUCUUGAUGGGAAAUCGAUCUGAUUAUGGACAAAAGAGUACGAUUACUAUUCAUAUAUAAUUACAUAAGAAAGGUUUAUCAAGUAAACCUAAAAUUUCUUUGCGUGUACAUUGUUGGAUAUGUUAUUCAAGUCGACAUUUGGUCAUCAAAGAAAGAGAGGGAAGGCAAGAAGAAGAAAGAAUGAAGGACUAUCAUUUAUAAAAUUGUAAAGAAUGUAGCUGGCUAGCUAGAAGAAUUGCUAUCUAUAUUUCCAUGGUUUCUACCAAAUUGAGUUGUACAAGAACCAUCUUCACUUCAAUAGUUCAAUUGGGUGAUGGUACAACUGGUAUUUGACCCUUCAAUUAAAUUAAUGAAAAAGAGGGCUUCAUUUUAGUUCUUGAUGUUUCACCACACUCUAGGUUGGAAUCUUGUGACCAACAACCAUCGAAAAAAAGUUUCUCAUUAUCUGAUUUAGAAAUUCCUAUAAUUGAGUAAAAUGGAAGAGUGAAAACCAUGUGUUUGACAAAUAUGUUUUCUUGAAGUAGGACAUCUAGCUAUUUCUCAUUUACAGGUGAUUAUGUUUAACCUAUCAAAUUCUCUAAAUCGAUUCUUUCAUGUAAGAAUUAGUUCGUGAUAAAAAAAAAAAUUUAAAACUCUUGAGAGAUGUUUAAAAACAAAUAUAUAAUAGUACUUUCCACACAUGUUCUCUUCAACAAAAUCAAUGUCCAAUUAUUAU